GGCCCUAUUCAGAUCCAACCUUUGGAUCCAGUUCUCAGAAUGACUCUGGAGGUUUCCAUAGGCCCACCCCCUUCACUGCCUCGUGGCUGGUUUGUGUGUACGGUUCUCUGCGCUGGAGACUGGGGACCAGCUGGACAAGUCCUGGCACCCCUCCCCGGCUUCCUGUUGAGACCUUAUCUUCCAGUUCCAGCCUCAGCCUCCUCCAACACCUGGGCCCUUUCUUUGCCCUGUCCCCCCUUCUAUAAUGGGACACUCCCUGAUAUCAGCCACCAGAACUGCACACGGUGAUGGAGACUCCUCUGGAGAAGGCCCUGACCACUAUGGUCACCACUUUCCAUAAAUACUCGGGGAGAGAGGGCAGCAAACUGACUUUGAGUAGGAAGGAGCUGAAGGAGCUGAUCAAGAAAGAGCUGUGUCUUGGGGAGAAGGUGAAGGAGAGCAGCAUCGAUGUCCUGAUGAAGAGCUUGGACAAGAACAGCGACCAGGAGAUCGACUUCAAGGAGUACUCGGUGUUCCUGACUACGCUGUGCAUGGCCUACAACGACUUCUUCCUGGAGGACAACCAGUGACCGGAGCUCAGCCCUGGCCCCGGCCCCUGCAGCUCCUCUCACAGACCCUCCGUGGCUCCUUGCCUUCCCCUCCCUCCCAGAUGGACCCUGCUUCAGCCUUGCCUUCCAGCAGAGGAAAUAAAGAUUUUCCAUUCCAGGUG